AUGAAUGGGAUUGCUGCUGUUGUAACAACCGCUGGAUCCGCCCCUUCCCCCCUCAAUCGCAAGAAGUCCUCCAUCUCAAGCACAAACGUACCUCAAUCUCGCUCCGAACCUCGGAAGCAGAAUGAUCAGCAUCUCCCCGUAGCUGGAGAGGCUGGGAAGUCUACACCGAAGACUCGCGAGGGUGCAUCUCAGAAUGCAUCCAAUUCCGCGACUGGCUUCCCUGAGACACAAAGCAGGGGAAUUGCCACUACACUCCCAACAUCCUCUUCAUCUGACAGCGGGAUUAAGAAACUCAAUCUCCUCGCAGAUCUGGUCAGAACAGAGAAGCAAUAUGUAGAUUUGCUUGCUGGUACUAUCCGUACUGUCGCAUCUGCGUGGUCGCGUUCAAACCUCCCCCCACCGGAGCUGGACCGCAUGUUCAGAGGGAUCGAGAGUAUUUACAAGGCCAACCGUUCCAUAUGGCAGAGACUGAAGGAGAUCGAGGCCAACCCGUCAUCUCCGCAAACACUUGGUGACUUACUGAUGAAAUUGAUUGACGACUUGGAAACGCCGUACACCGACUAUUAUACUAAGUUUCUCACUGGAUUUGAUGCAUGGGAGGCCAUUCAGUCGAACCCCCGUGUUCGAACCAUCCUUGCUAUGUUCUCGUCCUCGAAUCCCCCUCCAUUGCCAGAGUCAUCACCUGAGCAUCCACCUGAGCCACCCUUGUGGACAUUGGAUCGACUUUUCCUCUUGCCAAGAGAGCGGCUGGACUACUAUCGCAGAAUGUAUUUCCGGUUACUAAAGAGCACCGUCCCGGGCAAGAGCGAUCAUCGCUCGUUGUCAGCUGCGCUUGAGAAAAUUGAGAAGCUCCUUGCGACGCAAGAGAAGCGUGUCGCCAUUGUUGUAAAUCAAGAGCAGUCUGACGCGGUGAAAAUCACGCCAAUGCCUUUAGGGAAUAAAUCUCUUGGAGACCCAAGGUCGAAGCCUCAACAGCCCUCGAGCGGCAAUUUACAACCACCUUCAAAACAGAUUAGUCUCGCCCGCGACAACAAAACUCUGGCUUCUAGCCCAAGUGGCAGGGAGCUGGAAGUCAAAUCAACUACGGGUCAUCGAAUAUCCCCUUCUCAGCUUCCUAUGACCGUGACUGAUCUGGAAAGUUGCGUCUCGACGGAGCGGACCGUUGAUUUAUUUACGAUGAAGGCCAAACAUGUCCGACUUCAAUUAUUACCGCCAACCUUGUCCUUCUCACGCGAGGUACGAUGUUCGGGGGAGGUCGUUAUCCGCUUUGUCCCCCAAUCAACUGGGGUGGAGACGAUUCAUGAGAAGGGCCACAUUUUUGUUCUCACUGAUUUGGUCUUGAUAUGCGAAGAAAUGGAACCCCACGAACAGCAUCAGAGAGGUCACCACGGAUCAGGCAUGUGGCUUCUGUAUCCCCCCCUCACCGGCAGACAUUUAAGGGCAAAGUCCGUCAGCAAUCCAAGCAACGCGUUGACAAUCACUGUCAUGAAAAAGGAAACGCUGCUGCUUGAAGCGAGUUCACUUGAAUCACGAGACCAGUUACUGGCGAAUUUGGAACAGUGCUUUGAAGCAGCUACAGCUGCAUUAUCACCGCCAAAGAACCAACCACCUGAUCUCGCUCAUCCUCCAUCAAGUACGGGGAUGGAGCUACCCUCAACUUCUCAUGCACGACAUCAAUCAACUUCGAAUGAAACAGAGCCCUCCGGGUACCAACGCAGCUCUUCGAGGAUGCGCUCCUCGAGUGCUGUCUCGUCCCAUUCGGCAGACAGAUACCAUGGUGGGCCGAUUGUGCCUAGUGCUGCACCUGUAUCAAAGGACGCAAACCCAGUCACGAGGUCUCCAUCGCGACCGAAGCAGUCUUCACCAAGUCAGCCUCGUUUGGCUUACCCUGCACGAUCCUCUUCCAAGUCGACUAGCCAAGCGGGUCGUGUGGCUCAGGACACUGGUCAACUUGCUCGUGCCCCGUCUUUCAGUCCUGGCCAGGUCGUUCCUAUUGAUUCAUUUUUCCCAAGCCAGCGUCCGAUCCCCCAGACAUAUGUUCCUGUAUUUAUGAUGCCUCCACAGUCUGCUGACCAAGGUCAGGGCUACAAGACCGCUGGACAUCAGCAGCGGCCUUCACUGGGAGUCGCACACGACGCCAGUCAUGGACAGACAAAGACUGCACGAGAACCCUCGAGACCCCGCAAUGUGCCUGUGCAAGACACAUCAUCCUCUGGUACUUUGCCGACCCGUAUUCUAGCUGAAAAUCCUGGUAUGCACCACACCACCGCGCCCGAAGGCCAUGCACCAACCGUUGAUAGGCGUGGCCGAUCUUCUGCCGGUUCAGCGAACACACUUUUACAUAAAUCGAAUUCUUCGCGGUCUCUUCGGGCGCAACACUCUGACACGCCCGCUGUAUCGGUCCCGCCUAUGCCAUCGUACCCAGGAGACCAGCCUAGGGCCCAACCUUCUUUUCUGGCCCGAGCCCGUUCAACCAGCUCAUUUCAUUCACACUCAAGCCAGCUCCGGCCGCCGAGCAGGCCUUCCAUGCCGUCCGCAUAUCCGAGCACGCAAUCCGUGUCAACGCUCGUGUCCUUCCAAGCCCCGAGUCCCCCAGAAUCGCUAGUCGAAGAAAUGCACGUACCUGCUGCUCCGACCACCACAAGUAUCACUGAGCAGAUGAAGUGCAAAGUUUUCCUGCAGCAACAUCAUGAACAGUGGAAGGCGCUCGGCACCGCCAAGCUGAAAUUAUACCGCGAGUCGCCGACCAAUGUCAAACAGCUGGUUGUCGUGUCGGAGAACAAGGACAAACCGGUGUUGGUUUCGACAAUCGUGCUCGCUGAUGGCGUCGAGCGAGUUGGUAAGACAGGUGUGGCGGUUGAGGUGAGCGACAGAGGAAAGCGUACAGGGAUGAUUUAUAUGAUUCAAGUGCGGGACGAGAAGUCGGCGGGGACCUUGUUUGAUAAAUUAUUGGUCGGUUCGGACAGAGCUAGUGUCCGUGUCAGAGGAUAA